UUUUUAAAUCAUUUUUUAACCAUUUUUAUCAUUGUGUUGCUGGGGUUUUACUUGUUAUUUUUGUCAUUUCUCUAGGUUUUCUCGUUUACUAUUAAUUGUGAUUAACCUUUUAUUUUUACAGGAAUGUCUUUCGACCGAAUUAAUUUUGCUGUAGCAGCAUAUACCAUUACGGUAGUUCUCUGUAUUGUGGUAAUAGCUCUCUGGUAUAUGCAUYUGGCCGUCCAUCAUUGAUUUCCUUUUGCUGCCUAACUUAUUUCUUAGGUAAUCUUGUUGCUGUCUCAUUGCCACACCCAUUUCAGCCAUGCCGUCACAGACVUACGAAGACAGCUCAACUCCUAACCUGACCAGAUGGCAUUGGUUUAGGCAUAGAGUAAAUAUGUACAUUUGGUUUGAUCAGACACCGUGCUAUGUUUACACUCUUGCCUUUCUCGUUCUCUUCGCUAUGUGGUUCAUUUUCUCUUUUUGGGUAGUUUAUCCACUUGUUGCAGGACUCCCUAUUUCAGCUAAUCCCUGGUCCCACCUGUCCGCCCAAACCGACGACCCACUGACUCCACCUGAUUCAAGCACUCACCAUAGAACCAAGCGUUAUUAUUAUUCCAUAGACGCAUCCACGGUUACCUCCUCCAUCCACAAACAUGCCAACCCUUGUAACACUACUGAUACAUCCCAAAGACAGACCAAAGYGCCGUAUGUGUGUUACAAUGCUUCUGUUUUUGUCUCCACUGUGGUAAUUCCGUUUAGUGCGUUGACAAUCUACUGGAAGGAGUCAGGUCCUGAGUCAGGUUCUGUUUAUGCUACUUAUGACUGGUAUUUKUCUUCCACUGACUAUGACACGCAUUGGGGUACAGUUUUUGCUUAUACAGGACGUGACUGGCACCCACGUGAUUACAUGACGACACAGUGGGCGAAGACCUGGUCUAAGAUUCUUACCCUUACCAAAACCAAGACUAGCCUAAUUCUUUCCUUUAAUACAACCAUGUACCCUCUUCCCAAACAACCRCCCAGACUCAAUUCAUGGACUGACUUGUCUUGUUUCCACUUGACCCUUUAUGUGUAUAAAUCAGGCCAAGACCCUUCCGUUGAUUUAUCCAUCUGCAGUAAUAUCACAAUCUUGAACUCCUCAUCCGUUCCCAACCCCGGUCUAACCAUGGGACCGUACCUUGCUCGCCCAUCCCAACUGACAAUUACCAACAAAGAAUUGACCUCAGAUGAGUGGUUCGAAGUACUUACUGGCAUCUCCAAACAAAAUAACAAUUGGUUAGUUAUGGCAGAGCAGGCCGCCAAUGCCUCAAUGACAGACUGCAUUAUCUGUAUGGGUCCUAGACCUUUGUUGCGUGUGGUUCCCGCCCCAAUGUCCCCUGAUUGUCUGAUUCCCGUUAUGAAYACCAGCGUCCCUACGGKUAACUGUUCAUGGUAUGAUCCCUAUUACCCAUUGACCAAMAAAGAAAAAGAUAAACCUAUCUUUUCYCAUCAAGUAGCAGCACAGAACUUUACUUGUAUUAACAUCACAGGUUUUAACCCCCUUGGCCAAGUCCCAUCCAAUUAUUGCCACACCACCUUCAUGGUCCCCGGUUCCUUUAAACCUUUGUCUCGCAGUGAUGUUUGGUGGUGGUGUGGGGCUAAGCAGAUUUAUGRUAGGCUGCCCUCUAAUUGUUCUGGUCUAUGUGCAGCGGUGACUCUUAUUUUACCUGUGACCAUUAUACCCACGACAGCUGAAGAGGUUAUUGUUUCUGUCCAAUCCUUGCUUCCUGAACAUUGGUUGCAUCUUUUCUUACCCAGAGACAAACGGAGUGCACCUGUUUUUGAUCUCGGUCCUGAUCCCACUUACAUAGAUGCAAUAGGCAUUCCCCGUGGUGUUCCUGAUGAGUACAAAUUAGUUGAUCAGGUAGCCACCGGUUUUGAGAAUCUUCCUCUUAUAGCUGCGAUAAUUCCCAUUACUCCUAACAAGAAUGCAGAUCGUAUAAAUUACAUCCAUUACAACGUGCAGCGUCUUGGAAACGCAACAGAAUUAGGCUUUAAAGCUAUCCAUGAGCAACUCGCCACUACAUCUUUAAUGGCUUUUCAGAACAGGAUUGCG